GGUGACAGAUCUUGGAACGUGUUUGUCUACCGCGCGCGACAAAUGUCUCGCUGGUUUAGAUGACGGCGAUAUGAUUGGAACCAUGAUUACGCAGUCCCUGGACCCGGUCAUCGAAGCAACAGCAUUCUACUCAAUUAUAUUCUGUUCGAGUGGUGUAACCACUGACUGGACUCCUACAACCACUGUUUCAAGCUGUGACAAUAGAAUGGACGCUGCCAGUCAAGAGUGCCACGCUCCGUUUAUGGCUAUAUUUAACGAGGACAGGGUUGACGACAGACUUUGCGAUGCCUAUAAAACCAUGGUGUCGUGCGAGACUGGUAAAGUGAGAGAGUUAUGUCCAGACGCAUCUGACAUGGAAGUGGGAUUGGACGAGCAAAGUAGAGCUAUGGCCAACUAUUUUUGCGUGGAGGAUGACAGCGUGAAAAGUACUGUCAAAUCCAUUACAACGACAGUCACCUCAGAGGUAAUCGCCACUACCAGUGAUGACGGGGUAGGAGCAGCCAGUGUUGCUAAGCUUUCUUCCAUAACAUGUGGCUUGCUUUUUCUCAUGGCUUUUUACUUUUUACUGUAAAAAGCCCAUAACCACUUGGAGAGUAUAAAACAGCUUGCAUAUAAACACGGUUUAAUAGCCGUUAUAAAAAGCGAUAAUUAAUUUUUGCUGCAUUUGUAAUAAGUUUGACAAUUAUUUCACCCUGUCUGAUAUCACGUGACUACCGGCCUGAAUAUAAUCAGUUUCGUUGGAAAUAAAGAUUGUAAAGAAAAAAACAAAAAUAAAUGUCACAUUGUAACUACCUCGUGUUCUAUGCAACUUUUAAUAACGUAAACAUUCACAAUUUAUGUGUAGGCAAAAAAUCCUCCCUGACUACAAGUGAGGAUGCCACCUGUUUCAUAAUGAUUACAUGUGUUCUUGUGAAUGUAAGGUUCAGAAGAUCAGAAGUUGUCAUGCACAAUAUAGUUUAUGUUAUGAAAGCUGUGCGGAGGCAUAAUUAAAGAAAUCCGAAGGUUGAACAUGUGUGCGUCAUUUAAAAGAUUAAGUGAGAUGAAAGCGAUAUUUCGAUGAAAAUAAAAAAAGACACGUUAGGUUUUAGUAAAUACAUGACAAAAUGGCGAAAACUAUCUAUAUUAUUGAAAUUGUUUAGCUAUCCUGAGGACAGAUGAGAUACGAAGCGAGAGAACAUAAAACUUCGUGACCAGACAACUAGAAAACAAUUUGAAAAAUAUUACAUGCAUUUUUUAUCAGUCGUGUUGGUCAAUCUCAAGUAAUAAUUAACAGCCUCAAAGGGAAAUUAAAUUGACUACACCGGUAAAACUGUUACAGAUAAGCGGCUUGAAUUUUUAAUAAUUGUUUUAAAUUAUAUUCACUGAUACUGUAUUUGGAUGAAUAUAUUUGUGGAAUUUAAACAAUGUUCUUGUAUUACACAACUGAGUAUUCGUUCGAUGAAACAAUAAAAUUCUCUAAUACACUUGA